AUCACCACCACUCGCUCUUGUCAUGACAGACGAAGACGAACAUCCAGCUGCGAAGUUCAAAGAGGGGAAACGGUUUGGAGAAUGGGUUAUAGUGCAGAAAUUAGACGAAGGAGGCUUUGGACAUGUGUAUAAGGUAGAAAGCGUGCAGCGGAAAGGGCAGGUGGCAGCACUUAAAGCCGAGCCAAACGAUGUUGAAGGAGGUUCGGCCAUCAAACUUGAGAUCGCGAUACUUCGUGCUAUGACAGAAGACGGAGAUAAGCCUCAUAUUCCAGUCGUUUUUCACGCAGCUAAACAUAAGAAGUACUGUUAUAUGGUAAUGACAUUGCUUGGUGAAAACCUGAAAUCUCUUAAGAUUAAUUGCGCAAGAGAACUCAUGACACCUCAAACUUGGAGCCGGAUUGGUGUUCAGUGUUUGUACAGCGUCAAACUCGUUCAUGAUUACGGAUAUAUUCACCGCGAUAUAAAACCCAACAAUUUUGUUAUGGGACAUAAGGACGAUCUCGAUAGAGCUCGUUUGGUACAUAUACUAGAUUUUGGACUAUCACGAUCAUACGCUGCUUUGAAAAAUGGUAAAUGGGUUGCGAGGAAAGCCAGAGGUUCAGCAGAGUUUAGAGGAACCCUUCGAUACUGCUCACCAAAUGUUCAUGAGAAGAAAGAACAGGGUCGUCGAGACGACUUAUGGUCAUUAUUUUAUGUAUUGAUCGAACUCCACUGCGGAUUACCUUGGCAAACCGUAAGAGAUAAACAUAAGGUUGAAACGAUGAAGAUGAACAUUUCUGAUAAACACUUAGUACAGAAUUUCCCGCCUGAAAUGCACGAUAUUGUUCCAUAUUUAAGAACGCUGGAUUACUAUCAGCGGCCCAAUUAUAGUAUGUUUUAUGAUGGAUUAGUAGCACUAAUGAAAAGGCUUGGAACAAAGCCAUCUGAUCCAUACGAUUGGGAAACGACAGAACAAGUGCAAGCUGUGCUGAAACACUCCAAAAAGAAAGAUGCAUGGGAGGAUGCAGCACAGUUUUUCAAAUCCGAUCCGAUAAAUAUACAUGCCCCUCCAUUGACUAGAGAUUUGAAAGAGUCGGCCAAAAGUUUAGAUUUCUUCUUCAUUGUAAAGUAAACAGAAAUAACGAUAACACCAUUCAGCAGCGUUUCAC